AUCAGGAUCAAAAUUAAACGGAUCUAAAAGUUCAGGGACCAGUAAUGCAAUGUACCUUCGAGGGAGCUCGAGGAAGCAUCGGCGCCUUCUACACUCUUCGUCGUGGAGCUUGCCCCAACAAAAGUCGAAGAGAGUUCGAAGCCGCUUAGGGUUAGGGUUAGGGUUGGGUUACUACGAAAGCUUCUCUCUCUCUCUCUCUCUCUCUCUCUCUCUCUCUUCCUUCGUCGUUUUGGGAGUUGGGGAAAUGGCGAUGGGUGCUGCACCCGUGGCGGGGUCGGGGCUCUCCAAAUUCCUCUCCCCGCGCCGCCGCAUCCAAUCCACCGACAUCGCCGCCGCCGCCUCCUGGACCGUCGCCGCCGCAACCACCGCACUAUGGCUCAUCCAGCCUUUCGACUGGCUGAAGAAGAAGCUAUUCGAGAAACCAGAAGAAGAGAAGUGAAGUUGUGAAAUACCUAUGCUUAGAGUGACCAGAGGAAAACUUGUUAUGACUUGUGAAUAUCCAACUGUGCUUAGUAUUCUGAGAUAGUAGAAAAAAUGAGGAGCUUAGGUGAUACCUGUAACCUAAAUAAGAAGGAUCUUGUUGCAUGUAGAGCUUAAUUAAUUUUCUUUUUAAUAUUAAGAAAGAAAUGUGAAUUUCUAGGGAAAGACACUGUGUUCUUGAGUUGAUUGUAUUUUAAAUCAACCCACUUUCCCCAACUCAAAUUUUCUCUAAAUUUCUUUUUUUGUCACUAAGCCUCUGUUUAUCGCAACUAAUGCAUCGAAUUGUAAGUUCCGUUGAAA